ACGUCAACCCAUGCACGGCGUGGGACGUGAAUCCAUGCGGUGCUGGCAGGUGCAGUGCGGUGAGGUCAGCAGCCACAGGCACAUACACCAGCACGUGCUCGUGCCCUCUCAGCCAGCCCAGCUACAAGCUCCCCCAAAUGCCCGCCUUCCAAACAUGCUUCAACGAGUUCCCCAUAUGUCGCCUUAACAGCACUGACACGUGUGCGCCUGGCGUGUGCCUGGAGAGCUAUGAUGCCUCCUCCUUGUGCCUGUGCCCGCCCGCCUUCUUCCCCCUUGACUACUCUAACCCCCUCAAGCAACCCUGCAACCAAGCCAUGAGAACUCACUUCUGGCAAGCCAUGAGAACUCACUUCUGGCAAGCCAUGAGAACUCACUUCUGGCAAGCCAUGAGAACUCACUUCUGGCAAGCCAUGAGAACUCACUUCUGGCAAGCCAUGAGAACUCACUUCUGGCAAGCCAUGAGAACUCACUUCUGGCAAGCCAUGAGAACUCACUUCUGGCAAGCCAUGAGAACUCACUUCUGGCAAGCCAUGAGAACUCACUUCUGGCAAGCCAUGAGAACUCACUUCUGGCAAGCCAUGAGAACUCACUUCUGGCAAGCCAUGAGAACUCACUUCUGGCAAACCAUGAGAACUCACUUCUGGCAAGCCAUGAGAACUCACUUCUGGCAAGCCAUGAGAACUCACUUCUGGCAAGCCAUGAGAACUCACUUCUGGCAAGCCAUGAGAACUCACUUCUGGCAAGCCAUGAGAACUCACUUCUGGCAAGCCAUGAGAACUCACUUCUGGCAAGCCAUGAGAACUCACUUCUGGCAAGCCAUGAGAACUCACCUUUUUCGCUCUACCCUGCCUCGUCUUCUACUUCUGCUCUCCCCUCAUCCCCCUUGUACCCAUGACAUCGGUCGCACUCCUCUCCCCUCACAUACCCUCCAUUACUACGGGACCCUAAACCCUUGCUUCACUGUGCCUUUUCUCUCCCACUCUACCCUUUGCUUCCCUCUGUUUCCCCCUUUACCCCACCUCUCCCCCUGCCCUUUGUCCCCUUUCCCCCCCCUCCCCCGCUCCCCUCUGUCCCUUCUCCCACUCCUCUCCCCCCAUUCUCCCCUACCCACCCUCUGUCCACCAGUGAGCAAAUCUGCCACUCGAGUGUCAUUCUUCCCAGCACCCCCCGGCCUCACAUGCCCUCUGCUGCUCGACAUCUUUGAUCUCUCACCUCAAGAGCUGCUGAAGAGCAACCAGUCCGUUCCUGAUACCUUUUCUGGUGUGGCGCUCUUUGCUCUAUUCGGCCAACCAUGCCAGCAAGCGUUAGCCCUCUGUGGUGGGCAUGGCCCCUCACCACCAAAGCCUCUGUGGUGGGCAUGGCCCCUCACCACCAAAGCCUCUGUGGUGGGCAUGGCCCCUCACCACCAAAGCCUCUGUGGUGGGCAUGGCCCCUCACCACCAAAGCCUCUCUCCCCUCCCCUCCACCUUGCUCUCCCCACCCCCACCUCUCCCCCCCACCCACUCCCCUCACUUCACCUCUUCCCCCACUCCCCACUCCCCCUCUCCCCCACCCCCCCCUCCUCCCCCACUCACUCCAUGCAGCGAAUAUGUGUGCGGCACAACCCUGACGUGCCCACACCCCCAGUGGCAGCCUGCAUGGUUCAUCACUUUUUCGAUCCGGAGACGCACACAUGCCAGCAGCUCUCCAGGCUCGGCUACGGGUUCAGCCUCAUGAGCUACUCAAAGCUUUUCCUCGCCAACCCCGCUCUCUACUGCGACCAACUGCUGCCUGGUGCAGCUGGGUGGGACGACUCGGUUCUCGACUCGGUGAGUGGGCCUGAGUUUCACGUGGCACUCAAGGUGACUUUAGAGUCGGCUCAAAAGUCACCUCAAUGCAGCUGGGUGGGAUGA